UGGUUCCAAGUCAUUGCUAUUGUGAACAGUGCUGCAAUAAGCAUAUGUGUGCAUGUGUCUUCAUAGUAGAGUGAUUUAUAAUCCUUUGGGUAUAUGCCCAGUAAUGGGAUUGCUGGGUCAAAUGGUAUUUCUGGUUCUAGAUCCUUGAGGAAUUGCCAUACUGUCUUCCGUGGCUCUAAGUAUUUCUUAAUCCUCACACAGGCAGGCUUUCUUGCUAACCUCUUUAGAGAUGAGGAAAGCAGGGUGCAGAGGUUAAGUGAGACGCCGAGGACACAGGCUUCAGAGAGGGGUGAAGCUGGCCUUUGAAGCUAGGUUGUCCAUCUCUAGAAGCCACACCCUUAAGCCUCUGCUUUGGGAGGUGGGAGUUAAACAUAGGCGAUGAGGAGUCAUUGAAGAUUUUGGUUUUCUGGGUCCUGAGCUGCACUUUAGAAAUACCAGUCUGGCAGUGAUGAUCAAGUGACUAAUUCAAAGGGUAUUUUGAGAGACUGAGUGAAAGGAAUGAAGACCUGGACCAGCAUGGUGGCUGUGGGAAGGGGCAGGAGAGACACCGGUGCAAGGGGGAUUCAGCAGGUGGAAUCUGGGGCUUGCACUGAUUGGAUACAGGAGUAAAGUUGCUUAAAGAGGGAGAGGUGAGAGAAUGAGGACACCAUUGUUAGGAAACAAAAAUCAGGAGAUGUAGCUGGAUUUAGGGAGAAUAAUAUGCCUUCAGUUUUGGAUGAGUCAGUUCUGGACUGCUCUCAUUCCAGGGGAUGUUGGAAACAGAGACUGGAUCCCUGAGGAGAUGCUGUUGGACCAGGCUGAGCUCAAGGCUUGUCCCUAAGGCAGCUGGUAAAGGAAAGGUUCGACUUGGAGGUAGAAGCCCUGGACUGGAGUCCCCACCUAUGGGCUGAGGGAUCCUCCACAAGUGAUUCAACUUCUUAGUUUCUCACCUGCAAAAGGCAGUAGCAGAAUCCCAUGGUAGCCAGGUGGGUGAAGGGGAGCGAGGACGUUCUACCUGCCUUGAAGAAGACACCUGACCUGCGGAGUGAGUGACCAGUGUUUCCAGAGCCUGGCAAUGGAUGCCAUUCACAUUGGCAUGUCCAGCACCCCCCUGGUGAAGCACACUGCUGGGGCUGGGCUCAAGGCCAACAGACCCCGCGUCAUGUCCAAGAGUGGGCACAGCAACGUGAGAAUUGACAAAGUGGAUGGUAUAUACCUCCUCUACCUGCAAGACCUGUGGACCACAGUUAUCGACAUGAAGUGGAGAUACAAACUCACCCUGUUCGCCACCACUUUUGUGAUGACCUGGUUCCUUUUUGGAGUCAUCUACUAUGCCAUCGCGUUUAUUCACGGGGACUUGGAACCCAGUGAGCCCAUUUCAAAUCAUACCCCCUGCAUCAUGAAAGUGGACUCUCUCACUGGGGCAUUUCUCUUUUCCUUGGAAUCCCAGACAACCAUUGGCUAUGGAGUCCGUUCCAUCACAGAGGAAUGUCCUCAUGCCAUCUUCCUGUUGGUUGCUCAGUUGGUCAUCACGACCUUGAUUGAGAUCUUCAUCACCGGAACCUUCCUGGCCAAAAUCGCAAGACCCAAAAAGCGGGCUGAGACUAUCAAGUUCAGCCACUGUGCAGUCAUCACCAAGCAGAAUGGGAAGCUGUGCUUGGUAAUUCAGGUAGCCAAUAUGAGGAAGAGCCUCUUGAUUCAGUGCCAGCUCUCUGGCAAGCUCCUGCAGACCCACGUCACCAAGGAAGGGGAGCAGAUUCUCCUCAACCAAGCCACUGUCAAAUUCCACGUGGACUCCUCCUCUGAGAGCCCCUUCCUCAUUCUGCCCAUGACAUUCUACCACGUGCUGGAUGAGACGAGCCCCCUGAGAGACCUCACACCCCAAAACCUAAAGGAGAAGGAGUUUGAGCUUGUGGUCCUCCUCAAUGCCACUGUGGAAUCCACCAGCGCUGUCUGCCAGAGCCGAACAUCUUAUAUCCCAGAGGAAAUCUACUGGGGUUUUGAGUUUGUGCCUGUGGUAUCUCUCUCCAAAAAUGGAAAAUAUGUGGCUGAUUUCAGUCAGUUUGAACAGAUUCGGAAAAGCCCAGAUUGCACAUUUUACUGUGCAGAUUCUGAGAAACAGCAACUUGAGGAGAAGUACAGGCAGGAGGAUCAGAGGGAAAGAGAACUGAGGACACUUUUAUUACAACAGAGCAAUGUCUGAUCACAGGGGCGCCAUCCAGGUUUAACCCUGCAAGCUGUUUCCACAUCAUAACUCCCUUCAAACACAAAGAUUGCUGUGAAAACGAAAAUGUGUAGACACACUCUCAAAAACUGCAUGGACAUACAAAAUCAAUCUUUUCCUUUGAUCUUGUGGCUAAACCAGCAUUUCUGUGAUUGAGAGAUUUCCUGUUAAUUGCUUCGUCUGAAAGUGAACUCUCAUAAUUCAAAUUGUAUAAAAUAAAGCUACAUUUCUAAGAGCUUGGUGUAGGGCAAUUGGAAUAAUGUCCUGUUAGAUAAACAGACAUUUAGCAAUGCUGACAUUAAAAGGAAAUGUAUUUCUAUACAAGAUUAUUAGCUGUAAUACAAGAUAUUUAUUUAACCAAUGACCUUAUGGCUGAGAGUUGAAUUGUGGUUCAGUAUUCAUUGACCUCGUUGCUUUAAAACAUGCUCUUUUUGUUCAAGCAGGAAAAAUAUUAUAUCUAAUGAUGUCUAUGUGGUAAUACCUAAAAAGAGGUAGAGAGACUCUAUGUUCACAAAAUAUAGUAAUUUCAUUUUUACCUUUCUUCACUAGACUGAAUGAAUUGUAUGGAAGGAAAUUGAUCAGAUCUGUAAUUUACAGCUGUGGAAACCUACACGAAUGGGGCUGAUGCCAUUGUUUCCUCUAUUUUUUUUUUUGAAUCUACUAUCCUCUUUCCAUUCAAAAUGUUUCCAUUCAAAAUGUGGUUCACAGACCCGCCACAUCAGCGCCAUCUGAGAGCUUAUUAGUAAUGUGUAGAUUCUCAGGUCCCAGCCAGACUUACAGAAUUGGGGUCUGUAUCUUAACAAGAAUCCCAGAUGAUUUGUGUACAAGUGAAAGUUCGAAAGCUCUGCUCUGGACAACAUUUUCAAAGCAACUUUCUGAAGCCAUGUGGAAAACUGACUCUGUGGGUACCGUAUCCCUGUGGCAUCCAGACCUGGCCUCUCUUCAUUUCAUUAUUAUUGGCCAAUAUUUCUUUCAGCCAUUUCAUUUCUUAUCUAUUAAAAUGCCUUGCCCAUAAAGGAACUGCAUAGGAUUAUCCCCUGCAUUCCAAGAGCAAAAUAAAGCUCUUGAGAGUAA